CGGAAUUAAUUUACGAAAACAAAGAAAUAAAUAGGCAGAUACUGAAUUAGUGCAAAAAUGACCAACUGCGUACUGCGAUAUUGCAGUAAUAAUAUUAAAACAAACAACAAAUCUUCAGACGGCGUAACUUUUCAUAAACUCCCUCACCCUGGAAACAGUAAACGAGACGAAUGGAUACAAUUCAUCCAAAAAAAUAGAAGUGAAAAAGAUUGGGUACCUAAACAUACAUCAAUUUGUUCCAAACACUUCCGGGAAGAAGAUUAUUAUUUCACCAAAACUGGACGAAAAUAUCUUAAAAAAAAUGCUAUGCCAUAUGAAAACCCUGAAAGCAACCAGUCCUCUGAAAACCCUGAACACAACCAGCGCCCACUACCUCCUACAAAACCUGUAUAUGUUUCAGACACAGGGCAUGGAAUCGCCGCGCUGCCCGCUCGGCGCGCGGCGAUUUCGUGCUCUGUGGUUUCAGAUUUAGAAUGUGCAAAGGAGAUACCAGGAAACAUUAAAUUAAAAAAAGAAUUAUUCAAAGUCACAGCCGAUAAAAACGAAUUAAUUAAAAAAAAUAUAAAAUUAAGACGACUGUAUGACUGA